AAACUGAUGAGAACUCUACCGGACAGGUUUGGGAUUAAAAUUACUGCACUAGAAAGUUUUCAGAGGAUUCAGAAACUUGGCAUUGAUGAUCUUCUCAGCGAACUUCGCACCUUUGAAAUCAACCAUGGCUUUGACUCUAUGAGGAUAAGCAAAGGGAAAGGGCUAACUUUAAAGGCCAAGGUUCGUACUGCAGUUGCAGAGGAUGAAGAAUCAGAUGAAGAAUCCUUUGAUGCUAAUGAGAUCACGAAGGCCCUUACCUUUCUUACUAAAAAUGCCUCAAAGCUGAAGAAAUUACAGAAGAUAAGGUUUCAAGGAAACAAGCCCUCUAAAGGUGGUAAGAACACUUCUCAGCAACUUGGUGAGCGAGGUUCCAUCGUACAACAGUACAAGGUUCAGAACAUCGACCAAAGAGUUGAAAGGGAUCAGUGUCGUGAAUGCAAAGGGUUCGGUCACUUUCAGAAGGAAUGUCCAAACUUCAAGAGAAAGAACAAUGUCUAUAAGGCAACGUGGUCCGACUGCAGCGAUGAGGAGGAUGAAGAAUAUGAGAAGACAGAAAAUUCUCAUUAUUCCAAUAACUUUGUUAAAUGUUUUCUUAGUGAAUAUAACUGCUUUACAUCCUCUGUGCAUCUUACUGAUAUUGAAUCUGAUGCAG